GUAGCGUUCCGGAAAAAAGUUCGACGUCCGAACCCACGAAGGCGGCGCAGAAACGCCUGCAACAUCCAUAAACCUUUCCAACUCCUUCUGUAUGAUUGUUUUUGUCGCCGCCCUGUACGCGCUUUUAUUGAUAGCAAAGCACAGAGCGAGAGCUGACUGGGAUUUGACGUUCACAACCUUGAAGAUACUGCGAAAGAAAAUGCGGUGCUCGCGAAGGAUAGGUAGGAUGUGGCAAAAUAUUUUGCUGCUAUCGUUCCAAGUGGUUCUGGGAACCAGGUAUGAAGAAAUUCUCGUCCAGUGGCCAACCCCACAGCGUCAAAGAGAAACCCUUGCGUUUGGGACGUGUUCUACGGGCUGCACGGGCCUUGUGUGAUACCUUU